ACUUAAACAAGUCUGGACAACAAAACCAUAUUCAAUUCAGUUUCUUGGCCAACUCAUAUCUGAUCCCGUUUCACAACAUAUUGAAGGCUCGUCAUCAUCUUGUGUUGCGGGCUUUGUCAUGUCAGCCACGGACCCGUCGCCCGAGCCUCCUUCUCGGCCUCCUCAGCCGCCUAAGCCUCAGCGAGUACUUGCCUGUAUUCUCUGCCAGCAGAGAAAGGUCAAGUGCGACAGGAAGCAUCCAUGCGCCAACUGUGUGAAAGCUAGAACUCAGUGUAUCCCCGCAACUCAAGUAACACGUGUGCGCAAACGAAGGUUUCCGGAGCGAGAGCUGCUGGAUCGGCUUCGCAAGUAUGAGGAUCUGCUGCGACAAAAUAACGUGAGAUUUGAGCCUCUUCACAAAGACGCAAACGACAAAGUCUCUCCAAAGAUAGAAGAUGGAGCAAAUUAUGAUUCAGAUGACGAACCAUCAAGAGCUCCGGUCAUGGAUCGACCGUCCCCGGCGACAACUACUAGCUCCGAACGGUUGCCAGAGACAAAGAAUAUUUUGCACGCCAUGAGUCAAGAGUUCCGGGACCCUGACAAUCAUAGCAACUCUUCAGACGAUGACGUGCGUGAGAUUCAUAUCAGAACCGCAAUCAGCCAGAUGGCCUUAAAUGAUGACCAUCUCCUUUUUGGCUCAGGGAAGGAAUCCGUGGAUAUCUCAUCCCUGCACCCUGAACCGAUCCAACUAUUCAAGCUUUGGCAACUUUAUCUUGAUAAUGUCAACCCACUGCUCAAAGUUACGCAUACGCCCAGUCUUCAAGGGCGGAUUAUAGAAGCUGCAAGCAAUAUCUCCAAUAUCGAACCCCCCUUGGAAGCCCUCAUGUUCGGUAUAUAUUGUAUGGCUAUUCUGAGCAUAGACGAGAAUAUUUGCCAGUCUACCUUUGGUUCCCCAAAGGAAGACCUCGCGAUUAGAUUCCAGUUCGGGUGUCAGCAGGCUCUAUUGAAUUGUGGGUUUCUGAGAACCGCUGACCGGGAGUGCCUGACCGCUCUGGUCUUUUAUCUCAUGUCAGUCAGGCCAGAGACUGCGGUGCAAUCGCUCUCAUCUUUACUUGCAGUUGCUAUGCGUAUCGCCCAACGAAUGGGUAUUGACAAAGAGGCAAUCUUGGCUAGAUCCAUUCCUCUCGAAGCUGAAUUACGCCGCCGACUCUGGUGGACGCUUGUACUCCUCGAUACUCGUGUUGGUGAAAUGGCCGAUUCUAAAUCUCCGUCACUUACUCCGAUAUGGGACUGUAGAGUUGUGCUCAAUGUAGGCGAUUCGGAGCUGCGACCUCAGAUGAAGGAAACUCCACAAGCUCACGGUUCCUUCUCCGACGCAAUAUUUGCAGUCGUUAGGAGUGAAGUGGGAAAUUACGUUCGGCAUACAAAGUGGCACCUCGACUUUAGUAAUCCAGCGCUUCUCCCGCUCGCUCUAGCGCAUCAACCCCAUGACUUUGUGGAAGGCAGCGAGAUGGGUAGCUUGGAGAGCCUGAUCGAGGAGAAGUAUCUCAGGCAUUGCGACCCGGAAAUCCCUCUCCAUUUCAUGACUAUCUGGACUGCACGAGGACUCCUAGCCAAAUGCCGUCUUGUCGAGCAUUAUUCAAAGACAUCAAGCAUACCCAGAGAUCAAGCAGAUACUGCACGUGAAGCUGCUUUUGUAAACGCCAUCACCCUGCUCGAGUGCAACACGAUACUCAGCACCUCUCCUUUGACAGCAGGCUUCAUGUGGAUGACCCAGUUCUACUACCCAUUUCCGGCAUACGUCCAAAUCCUUCAGAACUUGAAGCGUCAACCGCUCAGCGCACGAGCCGAGAAAUGUUGGGAAGCUCUGAGCGCAAAUUACGAAGCACAUCACCACACUCUGGCUGAGCGACUCAAGACUCGAGGCCCACAUUUUGUGAUGUUUUACAAAAUUCUCGCACCAGUCGUUCUUCAGGCAUGGACUGCACGAGAGGAAGCCGCUGAGCAGGUAGGGGAGUCAGUGGUGACCCCAAGAAUCAUCUCGUACAUUCGACAGGUCUUCUCGCAAUACCCCUUGCCAGGCACAGCACAGCAGGGGUCUACUCCUAGUAUGGACACGAAUGCCUUCUCUAUGCCGAUGCCUAUGACUUUCGAUCCGAACAUGUUUUCAGGGAUGGGUAGUCAGCAAGGCUUUACCUCACCGGAACCAUGGGCCAGCGCAGGGAUGGUUGGAAUGGCGCCGCUGAGCCUGGACCCAAAUCAAAUUGACUGGUCUUCCAUGGACUGGAAUCUUGGGGUCGCACCUCUAACUAACGAGUCGAAUGAUCUUGGCGGGCAGUCUCUGCAGUAUUGAUUGUCUCGCAGUGCUCUGGAGGAUGUACGAAUAAUGAAAGGAUCGACACGGGGUUAAGGUGUCAGGACAAUCGGCACUUGCAUCUCCUUUGGGAAAGGAAAACUCCAUUCUUUCUAGAACAGUACUUGCUGCAUUCAUAGAAAGCUGUGUAAAAGCCGCAAGGUUUCAGCAAGCACAUAGCAGUCGCAUCAAAUAAACACAACUCAACGAUAGACAGACCCGUCUCUGGGGAGAUUUUGAUCCGUAUUGCGCGAAGUGACUCAUUUUCUUAGGUACUGUUGAUGAAUCUCUACAUACAAAAUCCCCAACACCCCCAACCAAAUAGCGAAAAGAUCUAUGGGCAUCCUCUGCCCUUUCCAGUGCUGAUAGAGCAGCAGUCUGCACCAUCCUAUUCAUUGAGUCAGCACCGGUGAAGCAUUGGCUUUGAGCCUGAGCAAGAAUACAUACGCAGUUGACGCCGAAGUUUGCGCAGAAAUCGUCUUGGUAACUUUGCUUGGUACAAGGCGAUUGAGCAAAC